AGGCGAAGCUUCCUAGAGCGGCCCGGAAGUGCCCGGCUGAAGCGGCCGGGCGCCGAUUGGUGUCUUUGAGUCUAGUCUUUGUUCGGGGCUGUCCAAAGGACGCUAGCUGUUGCACCUGUUCCUCCCUGCGCGUAAGCUAGAGGAUAAAUCUCCUGACAAAGCCCAGAAUGACCACAGCCCUGGAACCUGAGGACCAAAAAGGACUUCUGAUAAUUAAGGCAGAGGACCAUUAUUGGGGACAGGAUUCCAGCUCACAAAAGUGCAGUCCUCACAGGAGGGAACUCUAUAGACAGCACUUCAGGAAGCUCUGCUAUCAGGAUGCACCUGGACCCCGUGAAGCUCUUACCCAGCUGUGGGAGCUCUGCCGUCAGUGGCUGAGGCCAGAAUGCCACACCAAGGAGCAAAUUUUAGACCUGCUGGUGCUAGAACAGUUCCUAAGCAUUCUUCCUAAAGACCUGCAAGCAUGGGUGCAGGCACACCAUCCAGAGACUGGAGAGGAGGCAGUGACUGUGCUGGAGGAUCUGGAGAGAGAGCUUGAUGAACCUGGAAAGCAGGUCCCAGGCAAUUCAGAAAGACAGGACAUACUCAUGGACAAGUUGGCCCCCUUGGGAAGGCCAUAUGAAUCACUGACUGUCCAGCUCCAUCCCAAGAAGACCCAGCUGGAGCAGGAAGCUGGGAAACCACAAAGGAAUGGUGAUAAAACUAGGACUAAGAAUGAAGAGUUAUUCCAAAAGGAAGAUAUGCCCAAAGACAAGGAAUUCCUUGGGGAGAUAAAUGACAGACUGAACAAAGAUACUCCUCAGCAUCCUAAGUCCAAAGAUAUUAUUGAAAAUGAGGGCAGAUCAGAAUGGCAACAGAGGAAAAGAAGACGAUAUAAAUGUGAUGAAUGUGGGAAAAGUUUCAGUCAUAGCUCAGACCUUAGUAAACACAGGAGAACUCACACUGGAGAGAAGCCCUAUAAAUGUGAUGAGUGUGGAAAAGCCUUCAUUCAGCGCUCACAUCUCAUUGGACAUCAUAGAGUACACACAGGAGUAAAACCCUAUAAAUGUAAAGAAUGUGGGAAAGAUUUCAGUGGGCGCACAGGUCUUAUUCAGCAUCAGAGAAUCCACACAGGUGAAAAACCCUAUGAAUGUGAUGAGUGUGGAAGGCCUUUCCGAGUAAGUUCAGCUCUUAUUAGACAUCAAAGAAUUCAUACAGCAAAUAAACUCUACUAAUAUAGUAGUAAUAUCAAAAGUUCUUUAGACAUUCAGGCCUAACUAGUUAUCAAAGAAUCUAUUUAAAAACCUUGAGUUUCCUCAAUGUGGUCAAAGCUUCAGUCAUCAUUAAACUUCUCUGGACCAAAGAA